AUGGAUUAUCAUUCUCAUCAAACAUUAUUAAACACAUUGAUCAAAUCGGAAUGUUCUUUACGAACGAUGAGUAGUGCAGGAAGUGAAUCCAGUUUAAGUUCACCUUCACCAUCGGUUCCUUUCGAUGAAAACGACGAACGGCAGCAUAAACGUCGGUUAACACGUGCACAACGUCGAUUGAAUAAUCAUCCUUAUUCUUCUUCAUCGAAACGUCGACGCCAUGAACAACAACAGCAAGCAUUCUUAUCUCAUGAUGAUGUUCAAAACCAGCGCACGAUCGCCAAUGUUCGCGAACGGCAACGUACUCAAUCAUUAAACGAUGCGUUUGCUCAUCUUCGUUUGAUUAUUCCAACAUUACCAUCGGAUAAAUUAUCAAAAAUUCAAACCUUGAAACUGGCCACUCGCUAUAUCGAUUUCCUUUAUCAAAUUUUGCAUAGUGAAGAGGAACAAAACCUCACCUUUCAAAACGACUCGACAAACGAACGAACAUUAAGUUAUGCAUUCAGCGUUUGGCGAAUGGAAGGUGCGUGGUCAACAAAUGGAAAUGCAUCCAAUGACCAUCCGAGCACGAUGGAUGACAUGGCCUAUUCUCCUGAUGAUUAUCCAGACAAUUAA